CAGCGAAAGGAGUGCAUUUAAAACUAUUUAAAAAGUUUGAACAUUCUUUCAAAUCACAUUUAUUUUUUGUGUUAAAUAUGGCACUGCCUCAGACGGGAACAAAACCUUUGACUUUUAUUCCCGGUGCAUCCCGCGAGGAAGAUAAAGACAUUGUAUGUGACCAUUGUCGGUUAAAGGAUAAAAUUGUAGAGGCUCAGACGUAUUGUGUAAACUGCAAGAAAUAUAUGUGCUUCGAUUGUAAACUAGAACAUCAGAAUGCUGACGUUUCAAAGACGCAUAUCAUUGUGCAAGGCACUGAUAUGCCCAAGGAGAGACUUCAUCACGCGAGAGUACCAGUGCGAUCAUGUGAAAAACAUGUUUAUAAAAUGGUUGAAUAUUAUUGUCCGCACCAUAUGGAAGUUUUCUGCCACGAGUGUAAAGAUGGACGACAUUUUCGUUGUCAUGAUAUUAAUGACAUUAAAAGUCUAGCGAAAGGGAUAAAAAGUGGGCGUGAUCUCCCAAGGACUAUACAAGAAGUAAGAAAAAUGAUUCUUCAGUUUGAGAAAUUGAAAACAUACAAGGAAGCCCAGGAUGAUCGCAUGGAAGAACAGCUCGUGGCAUGUUUAAAAGACAUACAUAAACUUAGAAUCCAGGUGAAUACAGCAUUUGAUGCACUAGAGAGAAAAAUCAAACUGGAAAUUGAAUCUAAAACUAGAAAAGAGGUCACUGAAAUAAGGAACGUUAGAAAUGAAUGCACGAGACGAAUCAAUAUCCUUCAAGAUGAAUCUAGACAACUUGAGGCAAUUAAAAGUUUGGAUGAAUCCCAAUGCUUCAUAUCAAUGUUACAUGCACAGAAUAUAAAGGCUGAGUGUGAUGCUGUCCUUAAAAAGAUUAUGAAAGAAAAGAGUGAAAGGCAGAUGGACUUUGAGCCAAACCACAAACUAAUACAGUUUCUAAAGACUUUCGAUAGCUUCGGGACGAUAAAGACUUCACUAGCUAAACACUCGGAUGCAAGCAAAGUCUUCACACCAACACCUCUACCAUCGAUGGAUCUUCCAUCUAACAUGCUAUCAACACUAAAAGGAGGUAAAGAUUUUGUACCUUGCGGCGAGCACGUCAUUCAUUCUCCAGAAGACACCAAGACGUCGUGCGCAAUUACCGGGGCAACAUUUCUGGCGGACGGAAGACUGCUUCUUGUUGACAACAGGAACCGUAAUGUCAAAUUGUUUGACCAAGCGAUCCAGCUUAAAUCAUAUGUGACAGUUUCUAGUCCACCUUGUGAUAUCGCAGCCCUUAACAACCGGGAAGCGGUAGUGACAAUUCCGGAUAAGAAACAGCUAGAUUUUCUCAUGAUGGAUCCGGAUCUCCGUCUUACCAGGACAGUGCACACAGAACUUGGUUGUCAUGGAAUCAACGUGCUUGAAAAAGGUUUGCUGGUAACAUGUUAUAGUCACGGUCUGGUUCUACUAAUGGAUUUGGAGGGAAAAAUAAAGCAAAGAUUUGACCGUGAUGUGAACGGUUAUUCCCUAUUCCAGGGGCCUUACUUUAUUGCUCCGAAUCCAAAGCGGGACAGAUUUUAUGUGUCCGAUAAGGCGGCUAAUGAAGUUCUUGAAGUGACUACUGCUGGAAAAAUACUUUUCAGAUACCAUUCAAAAGAAUUAGAAGCGCCUGGUUACAUCACUGUUGACAAGGAGGGAGCAGUGUUUGUAUGUGGUCGCGACUCUAAAAACGUUCACAUGAUCAAUUCUCAUGGGCGCAAAAUUAAGGUAUUUCUAGCCGAUGACGGGGCGGAGGGAAGCGCUAUCUGCUAUCGGGCAUCCGACGGACUGUUUGUUCUAUGUAGCAACAACUCAGAUAGAGUUCGAACUUAUAAGCUGCUUUGAAGGCAGUCUGUCCUAUAUUUGAUAAGCCGUUACUGCGCUGGAGACGUGUGCGUGUAAUGUAUGUAAUAUAUGUGGUUUUACCACCCAAUAGUAGCACUAUAUUUCUGCCGAGAAUUUUGUCCUACGCCAAAAAUAUAUAAGUGGUCGAUAAAACAAUUUAAUAAUAGGAUUUGUUAGUGACCCUCCACAGAAAUAUGUGGGGUCGUGUGGUAAAUAAAUAAAUUUGAAUUAGCGGAAAUCUUGACGGUUUACCUUUGAUUUUGUUUUAUAUUCUAUAUAUGUAGUGUAAAAUAACAUGUACUUUCACAAAAGUUUGUUUCUGAUGGUUUUCAUGGUUUUCGCCUUAUUGAGCUAUUUCCUUUUUGACGAAGUACUUCAGAAGAUCAAAGAGGUCAAACCGAAUCAAGGCAGAUUUGCGUGUCUUUAUCACACCUGAAAAGAACUAGUUUGCUGAUUUGGUUAUUUUUUUACAAGUUUGUUUAUGUAUGACUUAAUACCUAAAAGGAAACAGUCAUUAACAUGCAUAUGAUAUUUGUAUAGUCUUUUAUAAUUCAUCUAUAUGAACGGUCAUUUACAUGUAUAGUUUUACUGUUUUUUUAUAGUUUAUUUCUUUUCUUUACGUCUCAUCUGUAUACAUCAUAUACAUACAACACUGUCAAUUAGUUAACAUAUAAAAAGUAUACAGCCGCUCUAUACAGAGCUACAAGAGACAAUAUGUAUAUUUAUGUAAAUGUAAAUGGAAGAGAUUCAAAUAAACUAAUAAGAUAUAUGCAUUGUGUACUGUCUCAACUUGCUGAUUGUUUUAUGAUGCACGGGUUAUACCUGGAAUUAAAAUUCAUUUAAAAUAAAUCAUAUUUUUGAAAUUAA